UGCUGCAGCUGGGCAUCUGGAAGCGGUACUGGGAUGUUCUGCAGAUGGCAACGAAGGCAGGGGGCACUGGCAUUACCAGGGAGCUGCUCAUGCAGCAAGGGGACGCGGCCGUCCUGCGGCUCCUGGACGCGCUGCUCCAGAGCCUGCCGCACGUGCUGCUGCAGGCCUACAUCUUCGUGGCUGUGGAUCGGACAGACCUCUUCCCCGGUGUCAGCGCUGGGCUGUCCCUCCUCUCCCUCGCCUGGGCUUUGGUCUCCUACAGCCGCUCCAUGUCCCUGCUCAAGCCAGGCCACCUCUACCUACCGUCCGCGGCCCUCCUGUGCCUGCUGCUGUGGAGGACGGGGAUGCUGGGGACCAGGGUGCUGGCCCUGGUGCUCUUUGCCAGGCUCUACUCCUACUGGGUCUUUGCCGUGGUUGGCAUCCACUGGCUGGUCAUGUCCUUCUGGCUGGUGGCUCAGCAGACAGACAUCGUGACACCACCCUGCCACUGGAGACUCUUCAACUGCCUGCUGGGAGCUGUCUAUGUCUUCUGCUACAUCAAUGUCCGGCCUGGUCCCUCCAAGCUCAGAGUGGCUGUGUUUUAUGCAGUCAUGCUGGUGGAAAAUACCCUCCUGCUGCUGCUGGCCACAGAGUUCCUGCAGGCAGAGCUGUGGAGCAGCCUGAGUCUCACUGGGGCCAUCACCUCGGGGUUUUUAAUAGGCACUGCAGCUCUGGUGGUUUAUUACAGCCUGCUCCACCCCAAGUCCACAGAGAUCUGGCAAGGUUUCCUGGAGAAAUCCUGCAGUGUCACGGCCCCUGGUGAUGAUGGAGCUGGUUGCCCAGCAGGGCAGAGCUUGGGAGGUUCAAGUGGUGGAGACGGCGAGUCCUUGAUGAUGGAAAGGACACAGGUAGCUUCCAGGAACCAGGAUGGGUCAUCCCACCUCACCGAGGAUGACUGGACAAGCCAUCACCACUGGCUGCUGAUAAAGUUGGCUUUGAAGACAGGAGACAUCUCCAAGAUCAACGCAACUUUUGGAGAUGGUGGCAUAGGAGAGAUUUAUCCUGGAGGACCGAUGUUGGGCAAACCCUCCCGGGUUGAGCCCGGGGCAACCCUUACCCUCCCAACAAGAGAGAUGGGUUCUCUGGGUUUUGAAUCCGACCUGACUGGUGAGAAGUUUCCAGAGACAGGGAAUAGGGGAAGCAGCAAACACGACCCCAGUGCCAGAGGAACUGCAGGAGAGGACCAUGGACUCGUAAUGCAAGAUGCUGUGAGUGGUAGCAAUGCUGCGUGGCACGAAGCACAGCAAGAGCCUGGUCCUCACUCUGCUGGAGCCUUUUCCAACAGCCUGGACUCAUCUGAGGUUUGUGAUCGCUCCUCUCUCUACUUCAGCGCAAACACUGGAGGAAUUGCCUCUCCUGGAGCAGAGUCGGAAAAGGCCCCACUGGAAAGAGAGGGGAAACCGCAGUCUCCAGCAGACCGCCUGGGUGGAAAAGGAGAGGGCUUCCCCGUUGGGAUGGCAAACAUCAGCCCCAUCGUGGGCCUGGGGGCCCCCGGUUGUCUGCAGAGCAGCUCGUCCCCCUGCAGCACGAGCGAGCGCGGGGGGACAGAGCUGGAGGGCGUCUUCAUAGGGUGGCGUCGGAGCACCCCGUCCUCUCGGAUGAGGGUUCCUGAGGAACCACGCUUCACGUCUACCCCCAAGGCUGACCCCAAGGGCACCCAGCAAGGACCGAGGGGGCUGUCCGGGGUGCCGGAGUGA